AUGGCAUUGCAAGGGGCUGAGCAGGCGAUCCUUCGGGAUCCUGCACUAUUCUACUGGAUUUUAUUCCCAAUCACUAUUGUCAUGAUAUUGACAGGAAUUCUUCGUCAUUAUGCUACGGUCCUGAUGAACAGCCCUCCGAAGCCUCCGUCUACUCUGGCCGAAUCUCGCGAGCGCCUGUCUCUCAUCCGCGGUGUCAAUUUGCGUAAUAAUGCAUGUGCCGUCCUAUCACGAGAGGCAUUCGAAGCUCGAAAGAAUUACAUGGUCUCUGCAUACCAGAAUGGUGAAUUCUUGAAGGAUCCCGCCAGUCGCGGCCAGCCACCAGCCAACCCAAUGACAGAUCCGGCGGGAAUGGAAGCUAUGAUGGGAAUGAUGAAAGGGAACAUGAUGAUGAUGAUCCCGCAUACUCUUAUUAUGAGUUGGAUCAACGCCUUCUUUUCGGGAUUUGUCAUCUGUAUGCCGCUCCAUCCUUCUGAGCAAGCUCUCCUGAACGCACUGACGCAAUUAAAAACAGUGAAAUUGCCUUUCCCCCUCACGAUCCGAUUCAAAUCGAUGCUCCAGUCUGGUGUCAUGACCCGUGACUUGGAUGUGAGAUGGGUCUCAAGCCUUUCGUGGUAUUUCCUGAAUCUUUUCGGUCUUCAGUCUGUUUUCGGUUUUAUCUUGGGCAGCGAUAAUGCUGCGAAUCAAAUGUCACAACAAAUGGCUAGUAUGAACCCGGCUGCCGGCGUUAAUCCUUUCCAACCCGGCCAGGACCCUGAUAAGUUAUAUUUGAGUGAAGCAGAAAACUUGGAAGUAAUGGAACAUUUCUGUAUUUUGGAUGGUAUUGAGGAAAGGGUGCUGCAUAAUUACGCUUCGAAGGAAAUCUAUUGA